CGACCAAAAAAAUCAAAAAAAAAAAUUUCAUGAGAAAUCAAAAAAUGGCGACUCUUGAUUUAAAUAGACUACUACACUGGAUAAGAUAUUAUAGAAAGCAAAGUACAGUAUUAAACAAUGCAAGCUCCAGUCGUCUAUCUCAAUACCUCAACUCAAAGGCAAACAGGUCGUCAGGCCCAAAUUGCAAAUAUUACUGCCGCCAAGGCUGUUGCCGAUAUAAUAAGAACCUGUUUAGGACCUAAAGCUAUGUUGAAAAUGUUAUUAGAUCCAAUGGGUGGUAUUGUAUUGACCAAUGAUGGUCAUGCCAUCUUAAGAGAAAUUGAUGUUUCUCAUCCAGCUGCUAAAUCUAUGAUUGAGUUAAGUAGAACUCAAGAUGAAGAAGUUGGAGAUGGUACCACCACUGUCAUCAUUCUUGCCGGUGAAAUCUUAGCUCAAACCUUUCCCUAUAUUGAAAAAAAUAUUCAUCCUGUUAUUAUUAUUCAAGCUUUAAAGAAAGCAUUAACUGAUGCUUUAGAAAUCAUACAUGAAGUAUCUGUUCCUGUUGAUAUUGAAAAUGAUAAAGCCAUGCUUAAAUUAAUCAAAGCUUCAAUCGGUACUAAAUAUGUUCAUCAAUGGUCAGAAAAGAUGUGUGAAUUAUCCUUAAAAGCAGUUAGAACUGUUAUGACUAAACAAGGUGAAUAUAAAGAAAUUGAUGUUAAAAGAUAUGUUAGAAUUGAAAAGAUUCCAGGUGGUGAAGUUACUGAUAGUGAAGUUUUAGAUGGUAUAUUAUUAAAUAAAGAUGUUACUCAUCCAAAAAUGAAAAGACAUAUUGAAAAUCCAAGAGUUAUAUUAUUAGAUUGUCCAUUAGAAUAUAAAAAAGGGGAAUCACAAACCAAUAUAGAAAUCACCAAAGAAGAAGAUUGGAAUAGAAUAUUACAAAUUGAAGAAGAACAAGUUAAAUUAAUUUGUGAACAAAUCUUAGAAUUUAAACCAGAUUUAGUUAUCACAGAAAAGGGUGUUAGUGAUUUAGCUCAACAUUAUUUAUUAAAGGGUGGUGUGUCAGCAUUAAGAAGAGUCAAGAAAUCAGAUAAUAAUAGAAUUGCUCGUGCUACCGGUGCAACCAUUGUUAAUAGAGUUGAAGAUUUAAAAGAAUCUGAUAUUGGUACUAAAUGUGGACUUUUCAAAGUUGAAUUAAUUGGAGAUGAAUAUUUCUCCUAUUUAGUUGAAUGUAAAGAACCUCAAGCUUGUUCUAUCUUAUUAAGAGGUCCAUCUAAAGAUAUUCUUAAUGAAAUAGAAAGAAAUUUACAUGAUGCUAUGGCAGUUACAAGAAAUGUUAUGUUUGAACCUUCUUUAUCCCCAGGUGGUGGUGCUACUGAAAUGGCUGUAAGUGUCAAAUUAUCCGAAAAGGCCAAGACUAUCGAAGGUGUUGCUCAAUGGCCAUAUCAAGCUGUUGCAGAUGCUUUUGAAGUUAUUCCAAGAACUUUAAUUCAAAAUUGUGGUGGUAAUCCAAUUCGUAUUUUGUCUCAAUUAAGAGCUAAACAUGCCCAAGGUGAACAUACAUUUGGUAUUGAUGGUGAUUUAGGUAAGGUUGUUGAUAUGAAUGAAUAUGGGAUCUGGGAACCAGAAGUUAUCAAACAACAAUCUAUCAAGACUGCUAUUGAAAGUGCUUGUUUAUUAUUAAGAGUAGAUGAUAUAGUCAGUGGUGUGCGUCAACAACAACAAUAGUUGAAUUAAUUUAAUUUAAUUAAAAACAUUAUUACCCCUUCCAUACCUGUAUAUUUAUUUACUUAACCUCAAUAAAGACGUAAUCCCCCAUUUGUUGUUCCAGAAACAAUGCAUAUGUAAAUAAUAGAACAAAACAUAUAUAAUAUAUCCCAUACAAAUUCAUUCACAGCGUAGAAAUCUAUCAUCGCACACAAAAAAAAAUUACUGGUUUGUUUACAUUUUUUCCAAAUCAAGCCAUGAUCAUUUUUCAAUAUGAGAGUUGAUGAAAUUGGUUAUUGAUUUGACAUGAAAUGAAAUGAAGUUAAGCUACAAAGGUGUUGGUU